CUCUUGACUAGACAAAGACGAUGAGCUGUCACACCUUUCACACGAAUCCUAUCCGUUCGGAGUCAAAGAAAUGCUGAAAGGAAAGUCCAAGGAGCGAAAAAUCGGUCUGCUGUGCUGUAGGAAACCGCUGCCGGAACAAGACUACCUGUGGGCACUGUAGUGAGGGUAAGAAACAGCCUGGCAGCCAGCGGCGUUUUCAAUCUACCGGCGAAACACACCACGCACAUUUAUAUGGCAAAGUUCCUCGCAGAGCUUCUGGGAUGUACGCUGCCCGAGAAAGGAGCAUCUCCGAUGUUCGAGUGCAGGAGUCAGCCGCACAUCGGACUGAGGCAUGUCACCAAACAACGGCCCACCAUAUUUGGGACACUGAUUGAAAAACCGCUGGGGGAUCACAAUGCAGACAAAAUGCCUCAAACACCACCCUUUCCAGCUAUGUACGGGUCCAAUGGCUACAACAAGAAUCUCUAUAAGGCCAAGGAAGAGGACUACGAAGGCCUGUAUUACCAUGAAAACAACCUGGUAUCAGGGUCCUUGGAGGCUCUAAUUGAGCACUUGGUCCCUACGGUUGCUUACUAUCCUGAUAGGACAUACAUCUUCACAUUCCUGCUCAGUUCCCGUCUCUUUAUUCACCCAUAUGAGCUGAUGUCCAAAGUGUGCCAUUUGUGUGUGGACCAGCAGAGACUCGCUGAUGCUCAGGCCGAUAAGGCAAGAGUCAGGAAAAUUGCUCCCAAGAUCCUACAGUUGCUGACUGAGUGGACGGAGACAUUUCCCUAUGACUUCAGGGAUGAGAGGAUGAUGAAGAGCCUGAAGGAACUAACACAUCGUCUCAGUACUGGGGAUGAACUCUAUCGCAAGGCGGUGCAGCAGAUGACCCAAACACUGAUCCGUAAGCUCACCACACUGAGUCAGUACGAGGAGGCUUUGGCCAAGAUUAACUCCUCUGUGACUGACAGACUAACUGUGCUGAAGACCAAACCUCAGUCCAUCCAGAGAGACAUUCUGACCAUCUGCAGCGACCCUUUCACCCUGGCACAACAACUCACACACAUUGAACUGGAAAGACUGAGCUACAUCGGACCAGAGGAGUUUGUUCAGGCAUUUGUUCAGAAAGACCCUCUUGAUAACGACAAGAGAUGCUUUAGUGAUCACAAAAAAGCAAGUAACCUGGAGGCUUAUGUGGAGUGGUUCAACAGGCUCAGCUACCUGGUGGCGACGGAGAUCUGCAUGCCUGUAAAGAAGAAACAUCGGGCUCGAGUCAUCGAGUUCUUCAUCGACGUGGCACGAGAAUGCUUCAACAUUGGCAACUUCAACUCGCUCAUGGCCAUCAUUACUGGGAUGAACAUGAGUCCGGUGUCACGGCUCAAGAAGACCUGGGGCAAAGUAAAAACUGCCAAAUUUGAUAUACUAGAGCACCAGAUGGAUCCCUCUAGCAAUUUCUACAACUACAGAACAGCGCUGCGUGGAGCCACUCAGAGAUCCAUCACUGCUCAUAGCAGCAGAGAGAAGAUUGUUAUCCCUUUCUUCAGCCUCUUGAUUAAAGACAUUUACUUCCUCAAUGAAGGAUGUGCCAACAGGCUCCCAAACGGACACGUCAAUUUUGAGAAAUUCUGGGAGCUGGCCAAACAAGUGAUGGAGUUCAUGACAUGGAAGAAGGUGGAGUGUCCUUUUGACAGAGACCGCAAGAUUCUGCAGUAUCUCCUGACCGCACCGGUCUUCAGCGAAGAUGCUUUGUAUCUGGCAUCUUAUGAGAGUGAAGGACCGGAGAACAACAUGGAGAAAGACAGAUGGAAAUCUCUCAGGACCUCGUUGCUGAACAGGACAUAAAUCCUGCGAGGAGCUCAAAAUCAAGUGAACCUUCUGACAAGCAAGCUGUGUGUCCCCUUUUGCCCCCUCAAAAAGUGAGAAGUAUCCCUGUUUUUUCAAGGGAGAUGACAAUCCAUAUUUUGCUGAACGGUGCAUUUUUAUGUUGGAAAGAGCAGCAUCUUUAUACAAGGCCCAUCUCUUUCUCUUUUUCAUACUGGAUAUUUCAGGCUUUUUCAUCUCUUUGUGCAGACUUUUGUACUCCUUUUUCUCCCUCUUUAAAGCAUGAUUUGAGCAGAAGGAGAAUGACAUGUCCCUCGUCUACAAACCAAUUCCGAUCUAUGCUGUCGUUCUUCUCUAUUGACUGCAAGAGUUUGCUGCUGGUUGGCAAACUUGAUUGGUACAGGUUGGGGAAAAGGAAAAAAAAAAAAAAAAAAAGCUUAUAAACCAGCAUUAUGUGUACUGGGUUCCAGUACUGUGUAUUUUUAUUGUACCUGAAGCAUUAAUUUAAGUAUAGAUUUAUGUUGUCACUAUUUUUUGAUAUUGUGUUAUGCAUAUGAGAUGUGAGUAAUGCAUUGCUUUAACCUCUGUGAGUGACCAUUAACGUGUGCGUGAUAAACCCGCUGAGGGUUGCCGAAUGCACUGGAUGCUUCUGUGAAUAAAGAUGUCAAUUCCUUUCUUGUGCAAACUCUUUUGUGAUAAUUCUGCAGCAUUAAGCUCUCCCAUCCCUUUUUUUUUUUUUUUUUUUUUUAAUUGUUGUCUAGGUUUAGCUGUAGAUGUAUGUUGACUGUUGAUGGAAAGUGUGUCCGUUUGUCAGUGUUACAGUUGUAAUGCUGUUUCUUACACAAUGAAGGUGGUGUUUUCAGAAGGACAGCUUUCACGGCUGCUGUUGGCCAGGGCACAGGUGAAUGGUGUUAUGGCGCCCUCUGGUGGUGAAGUGGGAAAUAUACCGACUUGUACUUAUCAGGGAGGAGUCGAUUACAUGAAGGCCUAUCAUACCUGUGGAAGUUGGGAUUUGAGUCUAUUUGUAUGAUGUAUUAAAUUUUUAUUACUGUUAUUUUAAGAAUAUUUGUAUUAUUUUCCUUUGAUUUUAUUUAUUGGCCUUAAAAAUAUCUGUAGUCGUCCUGUUUUUGUCUGCUUUGUUUUCAAAUAUUUGAAAGAUAUUUACAGGCUUUAUUAUAUUCUAUGUUAUUUUGUACUAGGUACAUGUUUUAUAGUAAUCAGAUAUCGCUCUAUCUAAUAUUUUAUAAUGUUUAUAAAAGUUUGUAUGAGGAAAAAACUAAUAUUUGAAGGUACUGGCACAUGAAAUUAAUGUCAUUCAGUUCUUUUUUUUUCCUGAUUGGAAACUUUCCGCAAAUACAUACCCUUUUUUUCUGUGUAAAUAUCAUGUUUUCUCCACUCUGUAUAUUGGUAUGUAUUUUAAACAUUCGUGCAGAAUAUAGGACCUCAUGAAUAGUGGUAUGGAGUGAACAAGAAAAAAAAGAGCAAUUAAAGAAUGCCUAUGAAA